AUGAACCGGUGCGCGGGCCAGGAGAUGAUCGAGCUGAAGAGCCUGCGCUUGGAGCAGCAGCUGGACCUGACCCGGGGCCCGCGAGGCGCGUGCGAGCGCCCGGUGCGGCUGGAGAGGGCCAACGCCUUGCGGAUCGCCCCCGGGAAGGUGCCCGAGAUCUUGAGCCGCGUGAGGCGGAUCCGGCUGCUGGGCGGCCAGAGCGACCCCAAGCUGACCGAGGAGCUGGGCGAGGGGCACGACUUCAAGCCCUGCGCCCAGAACCAGCCGGCCUGGUGCGAUCUGUGCGGGGAGUUCAUCUGGGGCAUGUACAAAAAGCGCCUGCAGUGCGUCCACUGUAAGUUCAUCUGUCAUUACCGAUGUCGUGUCCUGAUCCGACUUGACUGCAGUGGUCCCAGAUAUCAAGACAGUGAUCAGAAUGAAUGUAAUGAGCAGACAGUGGAAAAGGACACCAAUGUGGAUGAGCAGAUUGACUGGGAAAAGCCUAUUUUGUCCCAAACUGAGAUUGAGCAGAAGAUAAAAGAAUACAACAGCCAGAUCAACAGCAACCUCUUCAUGAGUUUGAACAAAGAUGGUUCCUAUACUGGCUUCAUCAAGGUGCAAUUGAAGUUGAUCCGGCCUGUCUCGGUACCCGCCAAUAAAAAGGCAGCCUCAAUCCAAGACACCAGGAAGAGCUCCUCACGUAGCCAAGCAGUAAAGCGCCGCACCUCAUUCUAUCUACCUAAGGACACGAUUAAACACUUGCAUAUAAUUUCUCGUACAUGUGCCAGUGAAGUCAUAGAGGCCCUGCUGAAGAAAUUCAUGGUAGUUGACAACCCUCGCAAGUUUGCCCUCUUUGAGAGAACAGAAAAAGAUGACCAAGUGUACCUCCGCAAACUUUCUGAUGAGGAGCAACCUCUACGUCUCCGACUGCUGGCUGGCCCUAGUGAAAAAGCACUUAGCUUUGUUCUAAAGGAGAAUGAGACUGGAGAAGUCAAUUGGGAUGCUUUUAGUAUGCCUGAGCUGCAGAACUUCCUGCGUAUCCUGCAACGUGAAGAAGAGGAGCAUGUCAGGCAGAUCCUGCAAAAAUAUACCCACUGCCGCCAAAAGAUUCAGGAGGCUCUGACCACCCGGACCCCGGGUUGAGGUGCCCAUUCCAGACCCAGCACUCCAGCAGGGAUAAGAUGCUGGAUACGAAGAAGUGGUGACGCCAAGUGGACUACAAAUGAAGCAAUCCUAGGAGUGUCUGUGGACUGAAUGUAUCUCUUUGGAGGGCAGGGGGAUGGGAAAGGGGCUACAGGGAUGUCUGGUUUCCUUGGUGAGCCAAUGAAUGGGUGCAUGUGUGUCUGCUCCUGAUGGAGUGAAUGGUUAAUAGAGGUGCUGAGUGGAAGGCACAGUGGGAUCAGGUGGGAAUUACCUGUGGAAUGAGUGUAAAGAUGCAAAAGAAAUUAGUACGUCUGUGGCAAUCAGGAAUGUGCCAUUUUCGUAUGCACAGACUGGCUUGGUGGUG